AUGGCGAAACCGAAGGCCCAGUUGGGACUGGACACCGAAUACGACGCCUUGAGACGAAGAAUGAGCCGCAUCCGAGUGAAGGAAGGCCAGAAACCGACAGUAGAUGAUAUGGACAUUGUAGAAGAAGAAGAGGACGAAAAUUUUAAAGAUCUCAUAAAAUUCUGGAAGAAACACAAUGUUGGCUUUGCAAAAGAAAUGAUGAAGAUGGUGGAAUCUAACAAAGCCAAGAAAACAACAAAAGCAAGGGGCAGAAGGAAGUCGAUCGAGUUCGAGGAUUUAGAUCAGACAUCAUCUGGACAGUUAAGAUUACCUGUACAUCUCAAGUCAAAAUCAGGGCAAAUUCCCGAGGAGGAGAACGAAGAAGCUGACGAAGUACCAUCUAUAAGGAAACCACGCAAAGCGUUGUCACAGAAACAACGCAGUUUCACCUCCAGUCGGACUAACUCGAGAUCGAACAUGGCAGCAGGGGAAACAGCGUCGACGCGAACGGAUGGACAGGCAAAGAAACAUGUCUUCCGUAGGGCAGAAUCUGAAAACCUAACUUCGAAGUUGUCAUCAAAUACGAAAUUGACUCGUGAGAGGAUAGCGUCCGAGUCUAGCUAUACAGCAAAAACGGUCAAAAAGAAAUAG